AUGCUAGUGGUCGCCGCUUGUCGUGAUCUUCGGUACGAAUCGAUUUUCGUCUCUCAAAUUAUCUUCUUUUCAGUGGUUAAGAACAUCUGGGGAUUGAAGGGAGAACAGCUGACAUUGUUACCGAAGAGAGCGCGAUGUGCCGUCUCGAUGCGUGAUGACGACACGGACAAUUGGAAAUUCGGUAACUCACUCGAUGAGAAGGAAGAUUAUCAACUGGUGCUGCGAGAUCCGUCCAUAAGGAAUGAGCUGCUGAAUCGUCUGAAUACGUUCCGUUGCAACAGGGAGCUCUGUGACAUAGUUUUAUUUGUGAAAGAACGAGAAAUUUUCGCUCACAAAGUGGUACUAGCCGCUGUGUCACCGGCACUUUUCGAUAUGUUUGUAGGAGAGACGAAAGAAGAGAACAUAGGAUCAUCGAACGAAGUACCGGAAAACACUCACCUUGAAUAUUCUCAUUUUUUACAAUGUCCUGUCAUAUUCAAUGAUUUCUUCACACCACUUAUUUUCAGUCUUGAAAUCAGUUCGAAAAAAGUAGCUGAACUUUACAAAACAGCUUUUGCUCUUCAAAUGACUCCAGUGGUUAAGGCUUGUGCGAAUUACCUUGCCGAUAAUCUCACUUUGAUGAAUUGUAUCGGUAUUCGGCGUCAAGCUAACUUCAACAACGAUGUGUAUCUGUUGGACAAAGUGGACGCAUUCAUUCAGGAGAAUUUUGGAAGUGUCGUAAACGAAAGCAUAGAGUUUACCCAGCUACCUUGUAUCAAGACUCGUAUUAUUGUGCCAUCAGUCGAUAGUCGGUCCGCAAACCUCGAAAAAGGUUCGAAUCUUGCCCAGAGCGCUCUGGACUUCUUUAGCAGUUUACCUCAUGAUAGAGCUGAACACUGUAUAGAGAUGCUUACACACAAGACCACCCUUCUUUACAUGGAAGACGACUUUCGUCUUGCUGAUUGUGCUGAAAUGGAUGACAAAUCUUCUGUGGGUAGUUGUGACAUUAUCCAGGAUUACAAGAAGAGCAAGCGAGACCUUGCGAAGGCGAUGACGAAGUUGUUGCCCAUUUCUUUAUUUCAUGUACAACAUCGCAUCACUGGGGCUGUCCCUGUUCGCAUGAACGCGAGCCGUUUGCCGAAUGUUCAGUAUUCAUCCAUGGAGAGUCUAAACUCUAUCGAUUCAGAUGAGAGUGAUCCACGGGAUACGAUAGAAACUCGUCUUAUCGUAACGCAUCAAACAUCUGCGGACUACUGGGUUGCAUUGGCUGUGCUCUAUCGUCGUCUUGUCGUACUUAGUAUUCAGUUAACUGACGAUGAAGACAUAAUGAAAACGAAAUCCAAUAAUGGCACUGGUGUUGAUCCACAAAAGGUAACGUUGUUAUCCCAUUUGAUCACGUCUACCGGCAGUCAACGACGUCCAUUGGCAUCCAUGAAUGGAGCUCGUUGCUCUAUUGGGGCUUCAUUCAUUAACGGAAAAAUCAUUGUUUGUGGCGGUUAUGAUCGAGGAGAGUGUCUUCGUUCUGUCGAGGAAUACGAUGUUGUUCGUGGCGAAUGGAAGGAUUUGCAAUCUAUGAAGGAUGAAAGAGGACGUUUCGACAGCGCAGUUCUGAACGGAAAGGUGUAUGCAGUUGCUGGGAGUAAUGGUAAUAACGAUCUAAAGACAGCUGAGGUAUUUGAUCCUAAGCUGAAUCAGUGGGCCUCGAUUCCGUCACUCAGCAAGCCUCGAAGCCACAAUGGUUGUGCUGCUCUGGAUGGUUUCAUAUACUGUAUAGGUGGCUCAUCAGACCAGCAAGUUUUGAGAGACUGUGAGAGGUUUAAGGUACUUUUCAAGGUUUGGGAGCCGAUCGCACCUAUGGAAUUAGCGCGUUAUCAGGCCGGUGUAUGUGCAUGGCGUGGAUUGGUGGUUGCCUGUGGUGGCUGUGAUAGGUGGAAUUGCAUGGACACAGUUGAAGCAUAUGAUCCGAAGACAAAUUCUUGGCGUAUGUUGGCGAAGAUGCGCACAGCACGUCGUGGGUGUGCUGUAGCUGUUAUUAGAGACAUGCUGUACGUGAUUGGUGGCCACGACGGGCAACAGUCGCUCUCAUCUGUUGAAGUGCUCGAUCAUCCGGCGGCCUCCUGGCGCCCCGGUCCACCCCUCACAAUGCCUAGGGCGAAUACGCAUGCGGUAGUGACGGCUGGUAAUGUGAUCUAUGCUGUCGGAGGGUUUCAUGGAAACCAGUUCUUGAACUCUAUCGAACUCAUGGAAAGUGGUGAGUUGCUUAACCUAUGGCAGCAUGUCGAAUCAGUUAUUAGCACCGUGGACUUCUAG